AUGGCGGAUGCCUGCACCUUUAGACGCGUCGAUACCCCUGUUGAUCACCAAACAGACGAAGUCUUCAACAUUCAGUCACAGGAACGGGCCAAUCUCUUGUCUGAAAUCAAGGACGCGAUUCACUCUAAUACUGUGAAGGCACCUCUGUGGGCAUGUAUGCAAGCAUCGACGUGUAAAACCAAAACACUCGCGAAAGAACGCGAUCGAUAUUCGUGUGCCAUCACAAAAGGAGAGGUCUUUGAAGUGGCGCAUAUCUUCCCGCACUGCGUGAUAAACAAGAAACCGUCCACCAAUCUUGAUGCUUCCAUCCCUUCUUUUUGGAAUUUACUCGAUGAAAUAUUCAAAGACCCCUCAAACCCUGACAAGUCCACAGAUGGCUGCCAUAAUAUGAUCUGUCUCAACCCUACAGCACACCAUUUGUGGGCAAAAGGCAUGUUUGCGCUGCGGCCGGUUUCCUUGUCCGACGAUCGCAAGGAACUUGCUGUUCAGUUUUACUGGCAGCCCAGGCCAUCCCAUGGCCGCUUUGAUUCUGUGAACAUUCUUGAAUCACCCGGUUCAUUCCAGAGAUCGUUAGAGUGGGGGCCAACUUUCGAAUUGCUUGACAUGCAGAGGCACCUUCAGCGAAUAGUUUCAAUGUCCGGUUCUGCUGAAAUCUAUGAUGAAGAUAACGGCGAUGACGAUGGAGAUCAGUUGGAUGUUGGUAUCAUCCACAAGACCUUCUCGAACAUCCUUGCAUGGGUGUCUACACCGUUGUCUCACUCGGGGAGUGAUGACGAUUUCUCUCGUUGA